GGCGUGCAUUGGAACAGGGGAAGCUGCAUUCCCUAUGAGAAGUCAUAAUCAUGCGUCCUUCAAAUCUCUAUUCCUAUAUUCUAGCGCUCUCUUCACUCGUCCUUCCCAUUUCCACGGCGUUCAGCCUUACGAUCUCAAUUCCGUCAUCAAACCUCCUCCCGAAUCCAAAUGCGCUCCCAGCUUCAACCCACGCGACUCUAACCACCCUCGCGCCCAAACAGACGUUACUGAAAGCGCCGCUAUCCCGGUCAUCGUCCUUUACCUUCCGUGAACUUCGACCAGACUCUGAAUCCUCUUCGCCUUCAGGGGACGUGACCUCAUAUCUCCUGGACAUCCACUGCCGCGAUUAUAUAUUUGCACCUUACCGCGUCGAUGUUGGAGCUGAUGGGAACGUGAUUGGAGUGUGGGAGACCUACCGGGGAAAUUCAUGGGAUAACAAGGGAGCGGAAAAGGCUGUAGGGACGGGAUCGGGCCCGGUUCACGUGGAAGCCAAAGUGUUGGGCAAACGGGAGUUCUACGAGGAACGGCCAAAGUUCUCUCCGCUCAGCUUGUUCAAGAAUCCAAUGAUUCUUCUCGCUGUGGUGGCUCUGGCGAUUACAGUUGGAAUGCCUUAUCUUGUCGAGAACAUGGAUCCUGAGACGCGCGAAGAGUGGGAGAGACAACGCGCUGCCGGUGUACUACCUGGGAGCGGGUCAAGAAAGGCACCUGCUUCUAACUUUGAUCUUGCAGGAUGGAUGGCAGGAACAAGUCCUGGGCCAAUAGAGGCGGCCAAAGCAGCCAGUGCUAGCGCGAGAGAAGGUGACAGUGGUCAGUCAACUGUAAGGAGAAGAUGAGAAGAGAUUGGAACAUUGUUACUCUCCAGAGUUGGGUUUCUGCUUGAUAGUUAUGCAGUGCGACAUUGGAGCCCAUGAUACACUAUUUUCGGUUGAU